CACACAGGGAAAGGGCGGAGCGCUCGCUUGGCUUCCGCUCAGCUCAUCCUUGGGUUUGAGGGAAGCAGGAGGCUCUCUGCCCGCUUUCCAUUCCCUUCUUCCCAGAGCGACGGCAUCGUAGCGAGGAGGAGGAGGAGAAUCUGGAGAGCGCCUCCUUCUCUGUCCGCCGAGCGCGGUGCGCACGGAGCAUGGAGCCUGCCUGAGCCAGUCCGCGGGCAGCAGCUGCUGCGGCACAACAUGGAGGCGGCGGUGCCGCCGCCGCGGCUGCUGCUGCUCCUGUUCCUGCUCGCCGCCUUGGCGCUUCGGUGCAGCUUGGGCUCCGUCGGGGCUUCUCCCCUCCUGCUUUUUGCUAACCGAAGAGAUGUCAGACUGGUGGACGCUGGAGGAGUGAAGAUGGAAUCAACUAUUGUUGUCAGUGGCUUAGAAGAUGCUGCAGCAGUUGACUUCCUGUACUUGCAGGGUGUUAUUUACUGGACAGAUGUGAGUGAAGAAGCCAUCAAACAGACUUACUUUAACCAAACUGGGAAUCUGGUGCAGAAUGUCAUAGUUUCAGGUCUGGUUUCCCCAGAUGGCCUGGCAUGUGACUGGAUUGGGAAAAAGUUGUACUGGACAGACUCUGAAACGAAUAGGAUAGAAGUUGCCAAUCUCAAUGGAACAUCUAGGAAAGUUCUCUUUUGGCAAGACCUUGACCAGCCAAGAGCAAUAGCCCUGGAUCCAGCUCAUGGGUACAUGUAUUGGACAGACUGGGGAGAGACACCUAGAAUAGAGCGUGCUGGAAUGGACAGCAGUGUUCGGAAAAUAAUUGUGGAUUCUGACAUUUACUGGCCUAAUGGACUCACCAUAGAUCUUGAGGAACAAAAGCUUUAUUGGGCCGAUGCAAAACUGAGUUUCAUUCACAGAGCAAAUCUGGAUGGCUCUUUCAGGCAAAAAGUUGUGGAAGGUAGUCUCACUCACCCAUUUGCAUUGACUUUGGCUGGGGAUACCCUCUACUGGACAGACUGGCAGACUCGCUCCAUUCAUGCCUGCAACAAAAGGACUGGAGAGAAAAGAAGAGAAAUACUAAGUGCACUGUACUCACCGAUGGACAUCCAGGUUUUGAGCCCUGAAAGGCAGCCAUAUUUUCAUACACCCUGUGAGGACAAUAAUGGGGGCUGCUCCCAUUUGUGCCUGUUAUCCCCAAGAGACCCCUUUUAUAGCUGUAACUGUCCCACUGGAGUCCAGCUUGAAGAAGAUGGCAAAACCUGCAAAGCAGGUGCCGAAGAAGUGCUUUUGCUUGCUAGAAGAACAGAUUUACGAAGAAUUUCGUUGGACAUGCCAGAUUUCACUGACAUUAUUCUGCAGAUAGAUAAUAUCAGGCAUGCUAUUGCGAUAGACUAUGAUCCUGUUGAGGGUUAUAUAUACUGGACUGAUGAUGAUGUCAGAGCCAUUCGUCGGGCUUUCCUUGAUGGAUCUGGAGCCCAGACCCUUGUGACAACAGAAAUAAAUCACCCUGAUGGUAUAGCUGUAGACUGGGUGGCUAGAAACUUGUACUGGACUGACACUGGUACAGAUCGCAUUGAAGUUACACAGUUGAAUGGGACAUCGAGAAAGAUCAUUAUAUCGGAAAACCUAGACGAACCCAGAGCUAUAGUGCUUAAUCCUGUAAUGGGCUAUAUGUAUUGGACAGACUGGGGUGAAAAUCCGAAGAUUGAGUCUGCUUAUUUAGAUGGCUCUGAGAGGAAAGUUCUGGUGAAUACCUCUCUAGGAUGGCCUAAUGGUUUGGCAUUGGAUCUUGAAGAAAACAAACUUUAUUGGGGAGAUGCAAAGACUGACAAAAUAGAGGUAAUCAACAUGGAUGGAACCAUGAGAAAAACUCUCAUAGAAGAUAAACUUCCACAUAUAUUUGGAUUUACUUUGCUGGGUGACUACAUCUACUGGACAGACUGGCAGAGGCGAAGCAUUGAGAGAGUUCACAAAAUACGUGCAAGCAGGGACAUUAUCAUUGAUCAAUUGCCAGACCUGAUGGGCCUUAAAGCAGCAAGUGUCACCAAAGCUGUUGGAACAAAUCCAUGUGCCGAGAACAAUGGAGGCUGCAGCCACCUGUGUUUCUUCACACCUCAGGAAUGCAGAUGUGCCUGUCCCAUUGGAUUGGAGCUGCUUAGUGACAUGAAGACCUGCAUCAUUCCAGAAGCUUUUCUUGUUUUCACCAGUAGAGCAGCCAUUCAUAGGAUUUCUCUUGAAACAAACAAUAAUGACGUAGCUAUUCCUCUUACUGGUGUCAAAGAAGCUUCUGCGCUGGAUUUUGAUGUGUCUGACAACAGAAUCUAUUGGACAGACAUUAGUUUGAAGACUAUAAGCCGGGCUUUCAUGAAUGGAAGUGCAGUUGAGCACGUGAUUGAGUUUGGGUUGGAUUACCCUGAAGGAAUGGCUGUAGACUGGAUGGGGAAAAAUCUUUAUUGGGCAGAUACUGGAACCAAUAGAAUUGAAGUGGCACGGCUGGAUGGGCUAUACCGGCAAGUUCUUGUGUGGAAGGAUUUGGACAACCCAAGGUCUUUAGCUCUUGAUCCAUCUAAAGGGUAUAUGUAUUGGACAGAGUGGGGAGGCAAACCAAAGAUUGUUCGGGCACACAUGGAUGGAACAAACAGCAUCACUCUUGUGGAUAAAGUGGGCCGUGCCAACGAUCUCACUAUUGAUUAUGAAGAUCAAAGACUAUAUUGGACUGACCUUGACACAAGCAUGAUUGAGUCAUCAAAUAUGCUAGGACAAGAAAGGGAAAUAAUAGCAGAUGAUCUACCUCAUCCCUUUGGCCUGACUCAGUACAGUGACUUCAUCUACUGGACUGAUUGGAAUCUUCACAGCAUAGAAAGAGCUGACAAGACAAAUGGCAGGAACCGGACAUUAAUUCAGGGGCGUCUGGAUUUUGUGAUGGAUAUAUUGGUUUUCCAUUCAUCACGGCAAGAUGGCUUCAACGACUGUGUGCAAAACAAUGGGCACUGUGGACAGUUAUGCCUGGCCAUACCAAAUGGUUAUACAUGUGGCUGUGCAUCUCACUAUACCUUGGAUCCCAACAACCGGAACUGCAGUUCACCCAGCAGCUUCUUACUGUUUAGUCAGAAGUCUGCUAUAAGUCGAAUGAUACCAGAUGACCAGCAGAGUCCAGACAUCAUCCUUCCUAUACAUGGUCUAAGAAAUGUCAAGGCUAUUGAUUAUGAUCCCUUGGAUAAAUUAAUCUACUGGGUAGAUGGACGACAGAAUAUUAUUAAGAGAGCCAAAGAUGAUGGCACACAGGCUUUCACAGUCAUGAGUACUCCCAACCAAAGCCAAAAUCCAGAAAAGCAGCCACAUGACCUGAGUAUAGAUAUUUUCAGCCACACUUUGUACUGGACCUGUGAAGUCACAAAUACAAUCAAUGUCCACAGACUAAAUGGGGAGCAGAUUGGGGUGGUGCUCCGGGGAGACCAUGACAAGCCAAGGGCCAUAGUAGUAAAUGCUGAGCGAGGAUAUAUGUAUUUCACCAAUAUGCAAGAACGAGCCCCAAAGAUUGAGCGUGCAGCCUUGGAUGGCACAGAGCGAGAGGUGCUUUUUACUACUGGUUUGCUCCGACCUGUUGCACUGGUGAUUGACAACAAGCUUGGAAAGCUCUUUUGGGUAGAUGCGGAUCUCAAACGAAUUGAAAGCUGUGAUUUAUCAGGAGCUAACCGUGUGACGCUACAAGAUUCCAAUAUUCUUCAGCCAAUGGGUCUGACAGUGUUGGGAAGUCAUCUGUACUGGAUUGACCGCCAACAGCAAAUGAUAGAAAGAGUUGAGAAAGCCAAUGGAUACAAGAGGACAAGAAUACAAGGUCGAAUUGCUCAUCUAACAGGCAUUCAUGCAGUUGAAGACAUAGACAUGGAAGAAUUUUCUGCACACCCAUGUUCCCGGGACAAUGGUGGAUGUUCACACAUCUGCAUAGCAAAAGGAGAUGGAACACCAAGGUGCUCAUGCCCAGUUCAUUUGGUACUUCUGCAGAACCUCUUAACGUGUGGAGAGCCUCCAACAUGUUCUCCAGAUCAGUUCACAUGUGCAACUGGGGAGAUAGACUGCAUCCCUAUGGCCUGGCGAUGUGAUGGAUUCUCUGAAUGUGAUGAUCAGAGUGAUGAAGAUAGCUGUCCGAUCUGCUCAGCAGCCCAGUUCCAAUGUGAGAAAGGGCAGUGCAUUGAUGCACGUUUGAGAUGUAAUGGAGAAAUUGAUUGCCAGGAUAAAUCUGAUGAAGCUGAUUGUGAAACAAUUUGUCGCCCAAAUCAGUUUCGAUGUGCCAGUGGGCAGUGUAUCCUCAUAAAACAGCAAUGUGACUCCUUUCCAGACUGCAAUGAUGGCUCUGAUGAACUUGCAUGCGCAAAAAGUAAAUCAUCCUCAGACGAAUCCCAGCCCCACAGUAGUGCUAUUGGGCCUGUCAUUGGUAUCAUUCUUACCCUUUUUGUUAUGGGAGGAAUGUAUUUUGUUUGCCAGCGAGUGGUAUGUCAACGCUAUGCUGGACCCAACGGACCUUUUCCACACGAAUAUGUCAGUGGUACGCCUCAUGUCCCCUUAAAUUUUAUUGCUCCUGGAAGUUCUCAGCAUGGCACUUUCACUGGUAUCUCUUGUGGAAAAUCUAUGAUUAGCUCCAUGAGCCUGAUGGGGGGAAGUAGCGGUGCCCCUCUUUAUGACAGAAACCACGUAACCGGGGCCUCCUCUAGUAGCUCAUCCAGUACUAAAGCCACUUUCUACCCACAGAUUCUGAAUCCACCACCUUCACCAGCCACUGAUCGCUCUCUCUAUAACACAGAGAUGUUCUAUUCUUCAAACAUUCCUUCAACAACAAGAUCCUACAGGCCCUACCUUAUAAGGGGGAUAGCUCCACCAACUACUCCAUGCAGCACGGAUGUAUAUGACAGUGACUAUACUACAAGUCGGUGGAAAGCCAAUAAAUACUACAUAGACCUAAAUUCAGACUCAGAUCCUUAUCCCCCUCCUCCUACCCCCCGCAGCCAGUACAUGUCAGCAGAAGAGAGCUGUCCACCGUCUCCUGCCACAGAGCGAAGUUACUUCCACCUCUAUCCCCCACCCCCAUCACCUUGUACAGACUCUUCAUGAUUUCAGCAGAAGGAACAUAUCUUUUCCUGUAAAUAUAUUUUAAAUAUGAACAAAGAUUUUUAAAUAUAUAUUUUAUGAUCUAAAAAUGGGGUGGGAACUUUAAAAAUGUGAAUAAAAAUGGGUGGGCCAGGGUUGUGAAAAUUGUACAGUGGAAUAAUAUUUAUAAGUUGUGUUUUUUAACUUAAUAUCCAUUCUUUUGUGCCAUAUUUUGCCUUUGCAUUGAAGUCACAAAAUUAAAUUGACCUCCAAAGGAGGCGGGAGGUGGGAAAUAGAUACUUGGAGCGUUUGAAAACACCAUUUUGAUUCAGUAAAGGGGAAUAUACCAGGGUUGGGUUUUUUUUAAAGUAACAAAAAGAGGGAAUAAGAUACUGUGUGAAUGAAUGGCAAAGUUGUUUGAAAUACACAUACAGGAAAUUCAGGGUUUUUUUACUUGAUCAUAGGUAAUUUACCACAAAAAAUACUCAUUUUCUUUUGGAAUGCUGAAUGCAAAAAAGGUACCUCCCUGUUUUUAUUCCAUUAUUCACCUUCCAGAGGAAGCUGUGCAUGAGGAAAUGGGGAAUUCUGAAUCUUGCACUCACUUAAUAUAUUACAAACCACUUUUCACUAGGAUGAAAUAAGCAUGCAGCCUACUGGAUACUUUUGUGCCAUAUAAAUUCUGUCAGGGUACUGAGAACCUCAGUGUAAUCUUAACUGGGAAAAUAAAGGAAACUGCUUUAUUCUUUAGAAGUCAAAUUCAGCUUAGCAAUUGUCAUGAGGCAUGUGGCCAAGAGGCCCAUGACAGAAAUAGAAAUGGAAAGCCAGAAAAGAGAUACCACUAUCAGUUGGCUUGCUGGUCUGAGAGACCACUAUGGUUCAGAGUCUAUGAGGCUUCUCCCUCACCUUUUUUUUUUGUCCUAAGGAAUCUUUGCAUGAAAAUUCCAACCUUUUAUAAAAGAAAUGUAUUGCAAAAAUUAAGACAGCCACAUUUAAUUGAUUAAAAAUAUUUUGAUUUUAAAAAUGUCUCCAACUCAUUGAAAAACAGAUUUAUGUAAUUACUUACAAAUCAAUGGGUAGCAUAUACCUUUUCUUCGUUCACAAGCAGGAAGGGAUACUUGAUGUGAAACCAGGAUGCAUUAUCUAAAAACUGUGUGUGCACUUUUUCAGAAGUAUGGUUUUUAUUCAUAUGCAGACUUGUGCAGAUUUAAUUGAUUAUUAAUCAGUUGAAACUUAAGUGCUUAGUUGACCAAAAUUUCUUUAAAUGAGUUAUAGCCCUGAUAAAAGUAUUUUCUGUGCUCCAGAUUGCAGUGCAAAUUUUCAAAGCAUGUCAGGAACAUACUAUUUUAAAAGGUGAGAAAGUAGAAAGCAAAUCUUAAUCUGCAAUGGAUUUAGAGGCCUGUUUUAUCUUUAGCAACUGGAGAAGACAGAAUUUGCAUUACUCCUACUGUAGGAAUGAUGUUGCAGUUGGAGAGGGGCUUGUGUUCUGUUUUGAUAAGCCAGCAUAGGUAUAUUUCAUCCUGAGUACUUCCAUGCUAGCUGUCUAUUAAUGAACUUUUACUCUCCAAAACAACACUGCUGUUGAUUGAGACACGUUGAACUUAGCCUGGAGCUUCAUGUGCAUCAAGAAGUGUAUAUAUGUAGAACUUUUUGCUUGAGUGGGCUUCUUCUAGUCACUUUGCAUAUGCAGAGCUGUCCCUUCUUUGGGAACUGAAUGGGAAAGCCUGUUUAUCGUACUUUGGCUGUCCCAUGUUUGCAAAAAGAGAGUGCUGAAUAAGGACAGAUUUCAGGUCUGUUUUUGUGUUUGAAGAUACUACUUUUCAUGGCAGGUUGAGAGGGAAAAGAGCAACACAUCUUGUGUUAUCUACCUCUAUGUUUGCUUUUGAGUGUCAGUCUGAUUGCCUUGCACAGAAUGCUGCAAAGCCAAGUAUUGUGAGAGCUACAAUGCGAACAAGUUAUGAAAGAUAAUUGGAGAAGGGGGGAAAAGAACCAAAAUCACAAUAUGUUUUCACAGCUGCAGAACAGCAGGUGCAGCAGACUUUUGACGCCCUUAAUGGCACAGACAAGGAUGAAAAAAUGUUCCUUUUUGAACUCUUAGCUGGAUUUUUAGCAAAUAUUUUCUGGCUGAGGAUGAUAUAAACUCCUUCAGAUCCUGGCCAGUGUUUUCUUUUUUAUUGACAGGGUGGAGUUUGACUUCUGAUGUUUAUCUUAUCACUUCAUUCCUUAAAUCUGUCCUUCCUAAUCAUUUGGAGUUUAAAUUAGAUCAGUGUGUGUGGGGUGGUCUCUCCAGAAAUUCCCUUUUCUUAAAAAGUUUCAGCACAGUGGAGAAAGAUCUAUAAUUAUUUGCAAAAGUCACAGCUCCAUGAGUAUAGCAAAUGCCCAUGAAUUCUGGAAUAUCCUAAUUCUGUAAACUUUAGGUUGCCAUAGAUGUGACGGUAGAACUUGCACUUCUAGCACAGACAUUGCUCACACUUAACACAUGUAGUUGGCUCAGAUCAAAGUCAUUCGUAAAAGUGUAUUAACUUGUUAAGUAUUCUCAACAAAUCCGUGAUUAAUGAUGCAACCUGGAAGGGAAAAAAGGAAGGUCCUAUCCAGUUGUCUCAUAUCUAACUGAAAUAUAAGUAUGGCAUGAAUAUAUAUUUUACAGUUGAGAGAUUUUCAUCCAGUUGUUUGACUUCAGCAUAACUGUGUUUAAUCUUUUGUGUGGCAUUUGUAAAGAGGUUGCUAUUUUAACUCUUGACAUUACAGGCUUAAUUUACUGUUGUCUUACAAAUAACACUGAACAGUAAAAGAUAGCGAUUUCAAUAAACUGAUCUCAAAAGAAAAAGAAAAGCAAUAAAGUCACAUUAUUGGUGGUGUUCACCUACUUUCUACAGUGAGCAGAACACAAAGAACCUCAAGCAGAUAGAAAGUACCUCCUAUUGCUGUUCUGCAAACAGGUCACACAGUGCUGUAAUAGGUUCUAUAGUAGUAGAUCUCAUGCUUGUGCAUAAGAUUUCAUAAAGUGUUGCAUAGCAGAACACCAUUUUGGAUUUAGUUUCACUUUCGCACACAAUACUUUAAUGCAAGGUUGGACCUUUGCAUCCAACCCAUAAUCUUCACAGAACCAAAGGAAAUCUUACAGCUGGUUUUAGUUACAGAAGUUGCAUUAAUUGAGAAAUAUCCCGUUGAUUUCAAGAAACCUGUUCAAUUUUUCCAGGGUUGUGGUUAUUGAAUUUUGGUGAAAUACUGGGCAACAUUUUCAAAGAAGCCAUUUAUAUCCAUGUGGAGAAGUAAAUGCCACAUUUUCAUCACUUGAGGUUAUGGAACUUUUCCCUAUAGCAUAUUCAUGUAGAUGUGAUUCUCUCACACACACAACUUCACAACAGUUUGCCAUAGUCAGAACUUUCCUCUACUAAUUUGUCAAAUCUUUUUAAAAAGCUGUCUGAAGACUGCCUUGCGGUUUUGAUGACUACAGAAGUUUUUCAUUUUGUUUAUACUGAGCAUAAUAUUGGUCAGUUUCAUUGGAUAACCCUGAGGUCUUGUGUUCUGAGAAAAAUUUUCUUUGUUUUAUAGUUUGCCUAUAAUUGACAUAGUUUGAGCCAGCAGAGCCAGGAAGUCUGUUUCCACUAAAUGAACAGCAUGAAAGUAUUUGUUGCGCAGGCCUGAAUUUUAAAUAUUUAGCGGGCUAAGUUAGAAUUCAUUUCCUUAUUUGACAUAGGUCUCAGGGCAACCCACAGCAGAAAGGAGAAUGUGACUUAAAAGUAAUCAAUUUAGGAUACUAGUUGAAUUUUUUUUCUUUCAAAAAGUGAGUUUCAAACUAAGCAUUGAAACAUUUGAUUGCAGAAAUGGCAAGAUAAUUGGUUUGCAGAAAUGCUUUUAACUCUAGGACUGAUUUCAGAGGUGCUUUGUAUUGUGCUAUCAAACAAGAUCAUCCAUGUGGAUUGAUUUCACUGCAUGUUGUCAGCUUUGUAUAUUAAAAUCUAAGAAGCAGCACAUUUUUUUCAGAUCUUGUUAAUACAACCAUGUCUACACUGUGCUUUCUAAUAAUACCCCCUUGCAAUUGGGUCACUUACUGUGUGUGGCAUUUCUUAAUCCAAGAAAACUUGUCCAAACUCUUAAUUGCUUUUGAGAUGGUUGAUAAGGUUGGUGGAAAUUCAUUUGCAGACCUCUUUCUCCCAGAAUAGUUCUUGACAUCUAAAAGAUUUCACAUCAGUUGUCUGAUCCUCAAUUGCUGGCAUUUAUCUGAAUCCACUUAGACCAAUAGUUUUUUUCAUUGACAUUAGUGCAUUAUGGAUCCCUAAGAACCAAACACCUGUACUAAUCCAGCCUGGAAGUGAAUUUGUUCUUGACAAACAACCUAGUUCACACACAUUUCUUUUUAGAGAGAAAAAGCAGACCUAAAAAUAAGCUUAGUUUACCUUGCAUCUGAAAAGAAAAUAAAGUAAGCCCCAUUGAGUUGAUUGGGAUUUCCUCUCAAGUUUGUGGGUAUAGGAUUGCAGUCUAAGGCAAGGAGCCAUUUUUCCUGGGGAUCCCCUGUGGUUAACUUUUUCAGAGUGGGUGGGUGGGUGUGCGCUUAUGCAUGUGUGCUGUGGAAAGAAGGGUGUACGGUUAAUCUUAUGUGUAAAAUGACAAUUGUGGGAAAUACUUUGUAAAUAAUGUAACUGAAGUAUUUUGCAAUUACAAACAAUUGUUGAUUUUAUUAAAUAAAUAAGAAACCUUUUGGCCUGGAACAAAAUGAAGCAAAAUUAGGGCUGACAGGUUACAACUCGGAGAUGCCUCCUUUUUACCCAUGUUAUCUGUUGCUUAGUUGGGUGACACAAGGUAGCCAGCAACUUCUACCUCUUGUCCUGUUGACUGCUCCCUCCCCUUUCUGCUGUGCAAUACACCUGAGCCCUGCUCAUUGAAGUUAGGCAGACCAGGCAGAUGACAGAACUAUGGGGAAAUGGAGCAGGAGAAGCAGUGGCUGCCUCAUCACACACUUCAGUGGGAAUCUUGAAGGUAAAAUAGGGACAUCUCUGGGUUACAACCUGGCAACUGUAAGGAAAACAUCUUAGAAGAUGGGGAUAGUGCUUUGCUCUUAUACAUGUAAUUCAGAGGGCAUUUUAAACAGAAAUGAAACCCGGGCUGAUUUCUGUAUUGUAUCUAAAUAUUUUGCAAUUGCUGCUAAUGUAAAUGGACAUGAAUAUAUACAAAUAUUGCCAGGGAUUCUUAUAAUAGACUUGCACCAAUCUUUUUUUAUAUUUAUAUUAUAAAAUGUAUUCUGCAAACAGCCUAAAUGUUUUAGCUUUAUACUUGUAUCCUUUUUGUAGACAUAAUUUGUCAUACACAGAAAAAAGUGCCUUUGGUAUUUUUAAACAGCCUAGCAUAUUGACUUGGGCAGAUGAUAACAAAGCCUUAAAAAGCAAGUAGCCUCUUAUUCAUUGUGUUCCACUGGUUAAUUUUUCAUUGUUGUGUUGCAAAAUGUAUUAAUGUGCUCAAUUCAUUCCAAACAAAGGCAUUUGUGGGCUGGUGGAAUUAAGCUUAUUUGAACAUCAGUAAUGCAACAUCACUAAAUAUUGACUUUAGAAAGUUCAUGUGAUUUGUAGCAAAUAUUUCAAAGUAUCCUAUGGGGGAGUUUUGCUCUGAAAUUGCACUAUUCCAAGGGAACUUCCAUUCAACUAACAUGUAUACCCUUUUGUUGGAGUCCUAGUGUUCAUAUUUGUACAGAUUAUGCUCUCAGUAUAAAAUUGUAUGUAAAGUUAAUUUAACCAAAACAUCAGUUGUAAGGUUAGAUUAACAUUUUCCUCACAAGGUUUGGCAUUCAUAUUACUACUAAAUGUUUAAUAUUAAAUUAAAG